CGUUCGCCGGAUAAACACACAAUGUGGCAUUUGUGAGGGCAGAAAAGCGCCCCAAAACCCCGGAAAUAAUGGGAAAACUCAAGCAAUCUCACCACCAGGGCGCCAAAGCAGGCAAUGUGACCCAAUUUCUGCGGAAAUAUGUGUCAAUUACCUUUGCAAAGUCCCUGCUUUUCGACCCUUCCUGGCUGCCGGUCGUUUCCUGGGCCAUUCUGCUGGCGGAGCUCCUGCUGAACGCGCUGGUGGUGCUGCGAGUGUCCUACACGGAGAUCGACUGGCUGGCGUACAUGCAGGAGUGCGAGGGAUUCCUCAACGGCACGCUGAAUUACGCCAUGCUUCGCGGUGACACAGGUCCUUUGGUAUAUCCCGCGGGCUUCCUCUACAUCUACAGCCUGCUGUACUUCCUCACCGGCUUCGGGAGGAAUAUUCGCCUGGCACAGUUCAUCUUCAUCGGCAUCUACUUGCUGCAGAUGUUCCUGGUGCUGAGACUCUACUCAAAGUCCCGGAAAGUGCCUCCAUACGUCCUCCUCAUCACUACCUUCACGUCCUACAGGAUCCACUCGAUCUACGUCCUGCGCCUGUUCAACGAUCCUGUGGCCAUUCUCUUCCUCUACACCGCCCUCAAUUGCUUCCUGGACGCCAAGUGGACUCUGGGCAGCGUCUUCCUCAGCCUCGGCGUGUCCGUGAAGAUGAACGUCCUCUUGUUCGCACCGGCAAUCCUCCUUCUCUACAUCACAAAUCUCGGAUAUGUGAAAACAGUUGUGCAAUUGGCGAUUUGCGCUGCGAUUCAACUCAUCCUCGGAGCGCCAUUCCUCCUGACUUAUCCAGUCGAGUACAUCAAGGGCAGCUUUGACCUGGGACGUGUCUUUGAGCACAAAUGGACAGUGAACUAUCGCUUCCUGCCCGAAGAGAUCUUCGUCAAUCGAUACUUUCACGUGGCAUUGCUUCUGGGCCACAUAAUCUUCCUGCUCAUCAUUGCUCGGCCGUCCUUCCGCUUCCUGCAGAACUACUGUCGUCUGCGUCAACUCCAGGCACAGCUUCAGCCACAGAUCGACGCCAAGAAUGCCGAAGUGGAGGCGCAGAAGCGCGAGAAGCGUCGCAAGAGGAAGAAUGUCCAGGAGGAGGAAGAGAAGCUGACGCCGGAUCAGGAGAAAUUCCUCAACUCCUUCGAGAAGGGGCUGAAGAUGAACUCAAGCGCACCACCUGUGGAGGAGAAGGAGGAGGAGAAGUACUCCAUCCACUUCGACAAGUGCUCUCAGCUCGCUCUGCUACCAAUCUUCCUCUGCAACUUCAUCGGCAUGGUUUUCUCGCGGAGCCUUCACUACCAGUUCUAUAUCUGGUACUUCCACACGCUGCCUCACCUAGUCUGGAGCACGGACUUCCGCACGAGCGUCAAGUUCCUGCUGCUGGCGCUCAUCGAGCUCACGUGGAACACUUAUCCAAGCACGAACUUCUCCAGUCUUCUGCUUCACGUGUGUCACGUGGCGAUUCUGGGUGGGAUUUGCCGGAAGAUGCUUAAGUCUCAAUGACCAAUAAACUCUCACAGAUCAAAGUCCUCCGUCUCUUCCUCCAGCCUCACCGGCUGCACAGUUGCUUUUUUGGCGCGCUUCG